AUGGCGGUCACCUCGAGCUCCAAGGUGGUCACAACAUCUGCUGUCACUUCCAAACGGAACGGAAAGAAGAGUCUGAAGUCAGCCAUUGGCGCGCCUUCGCAAAGGACGCAGAGCAGCAGGAAGGGUAAGAAGGCAUGGAGGAAAAACAUCGACAUCGAUAACGUAGAGGAGGGGCUUGAGGAGCUAAGGGUUGAGGAGAGGGUUACCGGCUCGACUCUGCACCAAAAGAAGGACGAGGACUUGUUCACCGUCGAUGUGAAGGGUGAUCACGAAAUCCGAAAAUCCAUUCGUCCACGCUUCAGCACCUCUCAACUCACCUACACCAAGAUCCUACAGCAGCGCUCUGCGGUGCCUGCCGUCGCUUCUCGCACGACCUCGUCAACACUGUCAUAUAAACGGAAGCUCACGCAUGAAGAGAAGGAUAGACUUUUGCGAAUGGGCAAGAAGCCUCGCAAGGGUCCAUUCAAUGCCAUCAUGGACCAUACAGAGUUGGGCUCCGGCAGUGCACUGCUGGAGCUUAGCGAGGCCGCCAAGAAGAGCGGGGGCUACGACGUCUGGUCGCAACCACAGGAACAGGAGCACGAGGAGACAGAGUUCAUACCGAAGAAAGUAUUGCCGAAAAAACCAGAAGUGGACCAUCCGAGGAACUACAUCGCUGUACCCGCAGUCCCUUCUCCACAUGAGGGCACAUCGUACAAUCCACCGGUCGCCGCACACACCUCGCUGAUGCGGCUAGCGGUUGAGGCCGAGGAGAAGCGUGCGAGGGAGGAAGAAGAGCUCAAACGGACGAAGGAGCAAACUGAGCUAGCGCGCAGAACGACGCAGGCAGAGGCUGUGGAAGGUGUUGCUCUUGGCAUGGCCGUUCCGGAGAUCGUAGAUGACGAGGAACAGCGGGAGGUUGCAGAGGUACCGACAAAGAAAAUUCCAGAGAGGAAGACGAAGCAGGAGAGGAAAAGGGCUGAGAAGCUGCGGGCAGAGAAACGUCUCCUCGCCGAGCGUGCUGCCCAGAGACGUCUUCUCGCCGCAGUGCCUGCCGCGAAAGCUCUGCGCAAACGCCAAAUGAAGCUCCUUCGCGAACGCCAAGCCCAGCUACGCGGGCGCCACGAGCAGCAGACGAAAGUCAAACUUGCCAGGGGUCUCGCGGGUCAGAAGCUUGGAAAGCAUACCGUGCCUGAGGGCGAGAUUGACGUGCAGCUCGGCGAGGAUUUGUCAGAGAGCUUGCGGACGCUCAAGCCGGAGGGGAAUCUAUUCAAAGAUCGGUUCCUUAGCAUGCAGCAACGUGCACUCAUCGAACCGCGCGUGCCUGUUCUACCAAAACGCAAGCCGAAGCUCAAGCAGUACGAGAAGCACGCUUGGAAGAAGUUUGACCGUGAGGAGAACGAUAUUCGGCUUUGA